CCGCCCCGCCCCGGCCGCUCGUUUCCUGCCGGCGCCGCCAUGAAGUGUCACUACGAGGUGCUGGGGGUGAAGCGCGACGCCUCGGACGAGGAGCUGAAGCGGGCGUACCGGCGGCUGGCGCUGCGCUGGCACCCGGAUAAAAACCUAGAGAAUGCAGAGGAAGCAGCAGAACAGUUCAAAUUAAUCCAGGCAGCAUACGACGUGCUCAGUGACCCCCAGGAAAGAGCCUGGUAUGAUAAUCACAUCGAGGCUCUGCUGAAAGGAGGAGUUGAUGGAGAGUAUCAAGAUGAUAGUUUAGACCUGCUACGCUACUUCACUGUUAGCUGUUACUCUGGAUACGGAGAUAAUGAAAAGGGAUUUUUUACAGUCUAUCGACAAGUUUUUGAAAAGAUUGCAAAGGAAGAGGUGGAAUAUACGACCCAUGAAGGUACUGAAGAAUUCCCUACGUUUGGAUAUUCCGAUAGUGACUAUGAUACGGUAGUCCACCCUUUCUAUGCUUAUUGGCAGAGUUUUUGUACUCAGAAAAACUUUGCUUGGAAAGAAGAAUAUGACACACGACAUGCCUCAAACCGCUGGGAGAAACGAGCCAUGGAAAAAGAGAACAAGAAAACGAGAGAUAAAGCAAGGAAAGAAAGGAAUGAACUGGUCCGUCAGCUAGUAGCCUUUGUUCGUAAAAGAGAUAAAAGAGUACAGGCUCAUAGAAAACUCAUAGAAGAGCAAAAUGCAGAAAAAACUAGGAAAGCAGAGGAAUUUCGGAGGCAGCAGAAGCUCAAACAAGCCAAGCUUGCUGAGCAGUAUAAAGAACAGAGCUGGAUAACUAUGUCAGAUCUGGAGAAAGAACUGCAAGAGAUGGAGGCGCAAUAUGAAAAGGAAUUCGGGGAUGGAUCAGAUGAUGAAGAUGAAUUAGAAGAACUGGAGACAAAAGUCAUUGAAGACAAACUGAAUGACGAUGCUGAAGAAGCUGAGUUUGUUGAGGGUCUGUUCUGCCCUGCUUGUGACAAAUGGUUAAAAACUGAGAAAGCCAUGAAAAAUCAUGAAAAAUCAAAGAAGCACCGAGAAAUGGUAGCUCUGUUACGACAGCAACUGGAAGAAGAGGAGGAGAAAUUUCCUGUGUCUCUGAAUGAUGCAAGUAGAAUACAUACCGAAGAAGAGGAAGAAACUGACGACAUGCCCAAGCAGAAACUCUCAAAGAAGCAGAGGAAGAAACAGAAAACAAUGAUGACUUACGAGGACUCUGUUGAUAAGAGUGCCGAUGAAGAAACUGUUGAACAAAAGGAGGUGUCCUGUGUGAACAAGGACAGUGGCCCAGCAGAGGAGUUGGUAAAUGAUAGCCAAAGAUGUGCUAUGUCAGAGGACACAAACACUACAGAAGAUGUCAGCCAAGUGAAUGAAGCAAAAACUGAAGCAAAAAGCAGUGUGAAGCUUAAAGGGAAAAAAGCCAAGGAUGCAAAAAAAUCUGCUAAGGCAUCUGCAGAGCACCCAACAACGAAUGAAGUCCCCAUCCACUGUGUAACUUGCAACUGUGCAUUUCCAUCCCGAAAUAAACUAUUUGAACACCUAAAAGCCACAGGACAUGCAAAAGCAACACAAGCACCAGCUGUAAAUGGCACUGUGAACAGCAGAAACAAAAAAGAGAAACGUAAGAACAGAUAGAACUUCGCUACCAUGACAGUAUUCAGAAUUGUACAUGAAAACUCUCCCAAAACUGAAAGGUGCACAUUGCCUCUGUUCAAUUUUUGAAACAGAGAAGGCAAGUCCUAAUUUUGUGAAAAAAGGAAGAUGUGAUAAAGGGGAUAUUCUCUUGUGAAGGGUCCCGUGCUUUCUUUUGUUCUAACAGCCUUUCUUUAAUGACUGGAGUUUACCUGCCACAUCAGCAGCUUUUGUGUUGGGGAUGGGGAAGCAUUCAUUCAAAGCUAUUCACUUUCUGUUUGUGUAGAAUAGCACGGAUAAAUUACCCACACAGAGGAAAUAAUAAAUUAUUUGAGCAUUG